GGUGAAAAUCGGGGUUCUUUCAUGCAAGGACCAUCUACACGGAACGUACGGAUCGAGAGGCAAUGGCGACAAGUUGGGGAAACAGUAACACAGCAAUUCACUCGUCAUUUCCUGGAGAUGGAACGUGUUCACCACCUCUAUCGUGAAGAUCCUAUUGACAUCUACUGUCUACACUAUGUCUUCUUACCCUACAUCAACUUCGUGUUGGGGUAUUACGUCGACAUGUGGAACUACCAUGGCAUGUCCAAUCAAGGACUCAAAGGACUUAGCCCAGCGCAGAUGUGGUAUCGAGGUCAGUUUGGACGAAAUUGGUCUUGCGUUGGUCCAUCGUGCACUAAAAUCGACCAAAUUGGACUUGCGAACUGCUACAGGAGUCGUAGAUGCAGCUGCAAGCGGCUUUGA